AUGGUUGAAAAGGCUCAGCCGAAAAAGACGGCAGUCAUUGUCGACUUUCGGAAGGACAAAUCAGAAUUGAUCAACUAUAGAAAUGAACAUGUUAUCACCGUAAUAACCGUACCAUACGACUUGGUUGUCAACGGCUUGAUAUUCACCUCGCUAAGAAACCAGUUGGAAGUUGGCCAGCGCCCGCUGCUCCAUAGAAUAGGGUCAUGUGAUCUUGUGGUACUAAUGAGCGACGCAGGUAUUGAGCUGAUCAAUGGACAACCCAAGCGCGGAUCAAAAGCUCACUUACUCUCUAUGGCUUUGUACGAGUACAAUCAUGAGCAUCCUCCCAAGUCACCGCCACUAUUCAUGGAUGGUGGGUUUGAUAACUGGCGGGACCAAUAUCCCAUGUACACAAAAGGUGAUGGCACUUUGAAACGACCUGAACCGAAAGAUCAGUUGGAUCAUAUGGUUAUCAACUACAAGAGAGCUUGCUUGAUGUUGGACUACCCUGACCUCUCACCACCGCGUCCAUCCGCUCAACAACCUCGUGUUGCACCAACGGUUAAUGGCCUAAAACCUACUGAUGAAAAAAAUCAAUCAUUGAAACACGUUCCCAACGCGACUGUGAUAAGAACUGACGACGUGGAUGUUCAAAACGCUAAGCGUAUGGAAACGACUUUUUCUGCUCAUGACUCGGCCAUAUCCACAUCGUCUAUCAAGAGUACGCCGGUCGCACCUCAGAGCAGCGCUGCUGCGACUUCGGUAACGGUAUCUCCGAAGGUUGCGGGUGACGGUGAUACGUCGACGACAACUUCACAGCCACCUUCUACUAGUCAAAAGAGCGCAGGACAAACAGCUCCUACACCACCCGCACCUUCGCUGCAGUCACCUGCUGAAUCGUCGAAACAUGAUUCAGGUGUUGAUCAACCUGUUGCAUCUGGAUAUCAUCCGUCAGUGACUGUGGGACCGCCUCCUUCUGUGCCUUCCCGUAUGCCCAUGGUUGAUAGAUCCAAUAAACCAAACCAGCAGUAUGACACGGCUCAAGAGAGUAGACUGGAAGCUGUACACAUCGCUCCUUUAUCAAAAAUUAAUGCUCAUCCUUCACAACCUCGACUUCCACUUCCCGAUCGUAGUACUAAACCAGUUUUAAUAAGUAUUGACCAGGAGCAACAAUUAUUGGAUAUUUAUAAUAGUAUGUGUGAUUCCACAGAAGGUAGCUCAAACCGUCGUGGUACUCCGCGACCCGGUUAUACUGGUCUUUAUAACAUGGGUAAUACGUGUUUCAUGAAUGCAACCCUUCAAGCUCUGUUUCACACACCUCUAAUGCUGUCAAUAUUCUCAAAAGAAAACUUCAUGUCUCGUGUUAAUCCGUGA